AUGAGUGACAAGAUGAUGUCUGUUGAUUGCAAAAUGCCCCCUUGUGGUCUGGCAUCAUCAAGGUGGCUUUCAACCACACAGACCUUGUUAGAAGAUGCAAAGGCCAAUGAGUCAGGGAGUUUUGAUGAAACCGUCCUGGAGCACAUAUCCUGUCCACUCUCUAAAAAACCUCUUAGGUAUGACAGAGGAAAGAAUCAACUUGUCUGUGAUGAUAUUGGUGUUGCCUACCCAAUAGUCAAUGGCAUCCCAAACCUUAUUCCAGCAGACGCCCACAUGAUAAAGACUGACAAACCAUUACAAACAGACUGUACUCCACCUGUGUGAGCCAGACUUCCAUUGUUGUCGGGUAUCACCAUUACCUCUCAAGCCAUGUGACAUGUGAUCAUAAACUAUUCUACCAUGACA